AUGUCUGCUUCCUACCACCAGAUUCAUUCACAACAUCAUGACAAGCUCGAUAAAGCCCUUUUUACUCGAAACAUGUGCGCGGUGGGGUUGUUUGCCAGCUGGAUAACUGGUGUUGCUGCUCUGGGUGGAGGAUGUUAUUGUGUUUAUUUGGAAAGACAAGUGGAUUCGAGGCCAGAAUUUGUCAUUCCUCAUCUUGCGAAAGAGGUGCUGCCUUUGGGUAUAAAUAUUGUCGUUACUUUCCUGAAUGAAAGCAUGGGGUAUAUACACAAUACUUCCCUCCGGUGGUCUUUGCAGUAUGAAAACCGGCUUACCUUCAAUUCGAAUUUACGACUACUUUCGAGUUCAGCGAAAUCUCUGCCGAAUAAAUGGUAUUCAAACAUAUUAUACCUGUUCUCUAUCAUCCUGUCAUACGCCACAACAUCUUUAAUAUUUCUGGGUUGGAACCCGCAGCUCUCCAAAACCUUUCACGGGGAGCACACUUCUCCCCCGCUAGACGAAAAUCUCAUCGAAGUCUCUGGGGUUGCACUCAUUUUAUUCGGUAUCAGUCUGCUUGGCCAAGCGAUCAUUGCUACAUGGGCAUUGUCGACCACGUACGUACCAACCUGGUCUUCAAAUCCGUUGGAUACAGUCUACGCAUGUACACUCACCUGUAUACCAGACACCGGAAAAGCAGCCCCAAACCCUCUGGUUCGCCGCUCAAAUCGCUGUAUGAAAUCGGUUCAUCAAGCUCAUGAACCAUCUAUACCCACCUACCCGAAAAAUAAGCAAGGGCCAGCAUGGAAAGCACAUCCAGAAGUUCGAUACGUAUUAGGUCUCCUCUGGGCUCUUGUUCCUCUUGGUGGUCUAUGGGGAUGGGCAAUACAUUUCAUGAUCGUUGAGAAGAAUCCAAAUGGUAUCUUAGGGAGCAGUUGGAAUUUUCUUCCCAUGUUUACAGGCAAGACCGUUCAUGCUUCUUCCUGUCCCGCUGCAAAAUGUACAGACGGAACAUCGGUUCUCAAUGUAGGAUGGACAGCAAAUUCCGGGAUGGUAGGAAAUGUUGGCUCAAUAUUUCUGAUUGCAGCCUUCCAAGCAGGUUUAACACUUGCUCUUCAUUGUGCAGAGCUUCUUGUCAACCUCUCAAGAGAUGAAAUGACUUUCCGCAUGGCAACGACACCGAAAGGUACUGAUCCCCGUUUCAACAGCAUUAUAGCUGCUUUCUCCUCCUGGCAAACCAUUACUCUUUUCAUAUUCAAGGCGGCUGUUCAUUGGCUCUUCGGUCUUUCAAUAAACAACGAUUUCAGACUAGGUGUCAACAUGUAUCCGCCCCAAAUUUUCUACUUCACAGCUUUCGCUCUCGCGGUUGCAAGUUUCGCAACAUAUGUCAGUGCAAGAUGUCCCAAGGGGCCUAUGCCGGCCACAUUUGGACAUCUCCAAACGAUGGCAGAUCUAAUUGACGAUUGGGAUGACAGGAUGUUCUGGUAAUUACAUGAACCACUAACCCGCAUGGGAGGCAACACAAUUACUAACCGCGUCUCUAGGGGCCAUAAGGGAUACGGACAAUCUGGUCAGCCCGCUUAUGCUGGGAUGAGCUAUAAGAAACUGCCAAUGCCGGAUAUGGAUAAGGUUUAUAGGGGCGUUGAUAUGGUUCCGGUUUUGACGACGCCGGGUAGUAUCUCGACGACUAGUUUUGCGACGCAUACUUCGACUGGUACGGGUGGGAUGCAACAGCCUUGGCAGCAUAGGACGUUUAAUGGGGGGUUGUAUAGUACAGGAGCGUAUUGAGUCCUGAUUUUUCUUUUUCUUGAUUUUUGAAGAUCUGGUGUUUAAGUAUCAUUUUGCAUGGGAGGAGCGCGGAGUACGGGAUUAAGAGGGUUUGCUAGGUAUAAUAAUACUUCUGCAUUACUUUUUUACAUUUGCAGGAAUGGCUACUCUUAUUGAGGGACUUGACUUGGUGUGGUCUGUCUUCCUGGGGCAUCUUUCAUGCUUACAUAUGUGGGAAUAGUCGCCAUGGGGGAGAAAAGUAGACAUAGAUAAUCUGCUUAGCUGCCCGUUUCAGUAAAUCUCAGCAGCCAACUUGGAUAUUCUAGAAGACUGGAAAAUGAGCUUGUAUUGCCUUGGGUCUUCUAAUGUGGGGGCAGCUGCGAUAGAUAUGACGCUCCAUGACU